AUGAGAAACACAUUCGUUACUAUGGCCGUUGCCCUUAUGGGCUCGGCGGCAGCUCAGCCAUCAUACUCAAACUCGUCUUCGUUCGGUAACAGCACCAUGUCAUCGACUAGCAGCUCUGUGGACCUCAGCAGCUCCAUGAUCACCACCACUGGCUCUGCAAUCCCCACCACUCCCAUGGUCACCAGCUCGCAGUCCUCUGGCACUGCAACCCAGACUUCCUCUUCGGCAGCUCCCACCUACACCAACGGAGCCCAGCCUGUUGUUCAGGGUCCUGACGGCCCAGUUGCAUUCCAGGUUCAAACCAACGUCAACUACGAUGGUACUCCUCUCAACCUCAUGAAGAGAGGUCUCGGCAAGAGAUCCCGUGCCUCCAACUUGAACGAGUGCCUCAACAUUUGCGCCCAGAGCUCUGAGUGUGUUGGAACCUCGUACACCGAAAGCACUUCCGAGUGCUCAUUCUUCUCUGGCAUCUCUGGCCAGCCUCAGUCGGCUCCUGGUACCGACUUCGCCAAGGUCACCUCUCGCGAUGGUAUGCCCGUCAACGGUGGUGCAAGCAAUGGAACCAGCCCCAGUGUCUCCACGAGCCGCUCUGCCGGUUUCUCGAGCACUCUCUACAGCAACUCCAGCACCAAGGCCUCCAUGUCCAAGACCAGCAGCGUCCAAGUAUCUGGAUCUGCUACUGGCUCAGCUGGCUCUGCUUCUCGCUCAGCCACUCGCGCAUCUGGAUCUGGAAGCUCGGCUGCCGCAUCUGCCACCUCCACUCCCUCUCUGAUCACCUUCGACGGAGUUUUGUUCAAACUCGAGAUCAACAUCACCUACUCUGGUAUCACCUUCGACCUCGAGAUUGACCUCGCCAAGAGAGCUGGUCAAACUCUCCAAGACUGCCUUGGUGCAUGUGCUGGUAACUCUUCUUGCGUUGGUGACUCGAUCAACAGCGGCAGCCGCACUGCUGCUCCUGGCAUUACUUUCGCUACCGUCGAGUCGCGCAUCGGCAACAGCACCGCCACCGGCACUGCUGGUUCCAACUCCACUGCCUCCAGCACCAGCUCUUCGGCAAGCGCUACCGCUACCUCCCUCGAGGAUCUCAUCUGCCCCAAGUUCAACAGAGAAAUUCUCGAGUCUGCCCUCGAUGUUGACUUCCUUAUCGAGUGCGGCCACGGUGUUGCUGGUGACGUUUUGACCAUUGAUGCCUCCAGAAAGCGUCAAGCUACCAAGCUUCCUACCAGCCUUAGCAACUGCAUGGACAUCUGCUCUACUGAGACUGCUUGCGUUGCUACAACCUUUGACCAGAACAGCCAAGUCUGCACCUUCUUCAGCACCUUCACCCUCAUCGUCGCCGAGACCUUUGACACUGCUCUCCGUCUCGAGAACAACGGUGCCCCUGCCCCUGUCACUGUUACUGAGCCUCAAACCGGCGCUAUCACCACCAUGCCUGCAGGCGGCAACGGAGGCGCCAUGACUACCGCUACUGUUUACAGCCCUACCGUUGUUACCAUCUACUCUNNUGCGCUCCCACUGUCAGCCGGCCAGAACGCCGCAACUGUCACUACUGUCGUUGCUGUCGCUGAGACCGUCUACCAGUGCCCUUACACCACUGAUGCUAAUGUUGUUACUGCCCUCGCCGGCGCUGUCACUGAGCAGGAUGUUGUUACCAGCACUGUCUACGAGUGCCCUGCUGGCCAGACCAUCACUGUUAGCGGAACCCAGAUGGUCCCUGCUCAGGCUACCACCGUCACUGAGACCUACACCACCCACCUUGUCCAGAGCUCCAGCGCUCCUACUCCUGUCAUGACUGGUGAAAAUGCGAGCAAGUCUGUUGUCUACGUCCAGCAGGUCGUCACUGUUUGCAACUCUUGCGCCACUUCCACCUUGACUCAAUACGUCGUUGUCUCGACCGCUCCUCCCGCUCCUGCUCAGGCCACUGCCACUUCCACCAUUACUCAGGGUUGCAACGGUGUCAGCUGCCCUGUUGCUGCCACUGGCCCUUCGACCACCGUCAAGAUCACCAUUAACACUGUCAUUCCCCAGCAGUCCGCCCCUGCUCAGUGCAAUGGUGUCAACUGCCCUGCCAACAUGAACGGUGCCUCCUCCUCCGGCAUGACCACCUCUGCCUACGCCACCGCCAGCGUCUCUCAGCCUUUGGCCUUCACUGGUGCUGGUUCUGUCGUCAGCGUCCAGGGCGGUGUUGUUGCCCUUGCCGCUGCCGUCUUCUCCAUCUUCAUGUUCUAA